CAUCCAGGAACCUCUCUGCUGAUCGUCUGGUAGCCUUUUCCCUCCCCUCCCUCCUCCGGUCUCUCUCCGGUAAAAGCUGCUUGUGUCUGCCCCGGAGCGAUGGGAGGUACGGCCGCACAUCACCAGUAAUUUCCCGCUGACUGAUCCGCACAUUCAUCAUGUUUUCUCCCGUGACAGAGGCCGAGACGCGCCAGAAGCUGCUCCGCAAUGUGAAGAAGGAGGUGAAACAAAUCAUGGAGGAAGCGGUAACGAGGAAGUUUGUGCAUGCGGACAGCAGCCACAUCAUCUCCUUCUGCGCUGUAGUAGAGGCAUGUGUGCUACACGGGCUGAAAAGGCGUAUCGCAGGCCUGCUGUGCAGUAAUAAGGUGGCUGCACUCUUUAUGAAGGUGGCAAAGAGCUUUUCUCCUGCCGAGGGGCUCUGCCGUAAAGUCCAGGAGCUGGAGCAGCUGAUUGAAAACAGCAAGCAAAACAAUUCCUCGCUGAGUAAUGACCGCAGCCGAUUGUCCAAGUUGCCCAACCUUCCUCCUCAGGCGCUGAAACAUUUGUGGAUUCGAACAGCUUUGAUGGAGAAACUCCUGGACAAGAUCGUUCUGUACUUGGUGGAAAACAGCAGUGCAUUUUAUGAUAAAGGAGCCAUGCUAAUGGAUCCUGUGGACGGACCAAUCCUUGCAUCUCUUCUGGUUGGCCCCUGUGCUUUGGAGUACACCAAAGUUAAGACUGCCGACCAUUUCUGGACAGAUCCGUCCGCUGACGAGCUUGUACAGCGGCAUCGAAUCCACAGUGGCCACUGUCGGCAGGACUCUCCCUCCAGAAGGCCUGCCCUGAUCCAGAAGAGACAGUCCAGUGGUAGCAUGGAUGAUCGGCCUCUCCUGUGGGCCAGAGAAUACGUUGAAUCACUCCACCAGAACUCCAGAGCCACGCUUCUGUUUGGCAAGAACAAUGUCCUGGUGCAGCCGAGAGAUGGGAUGGAAGCCAUACCGGGCUACCUCUCACUUCAUCAAACCGCAGAUGUUAUGACACUGAAGUGGACUCCCAAUCAGCUGAUGAAUGGCAAUGUUGGAGAGCUAGAUUCUGAAAAGAGUGUUUUCUGGGAUUAUGCAAUGACGAUUCGUUUGGAGGAGAUUGUAUAUCUUCACUGUCACCAGCAAGUGAACUGUGGUGGGACAGUAGUUUUGGUCAGCCAAGAUGGAAUCCAGAGACCUCCCCUGCAUUUUCCCAAAGGGGGUCACCUGCUGCAGUUUCUUACCUGCCUCGAGACCGGCCUGCUUCCUCAUGGGCAGCUAGACCCUCCGCUAUGGAAUCAAAGAGGAAAAGGAAAGGUGUUCCCUAAACUGCGGAAGAGAAGUCCCCAUAGUUCAUGUGAUUCCGUGUCGGAUAAGGAGGAGGAUGAAGCAACCGAUUACGUGUUUCGGAUCAUCUUUCCCGGCAUUCAGAUGGAGUUCAUGCCCCUUGAGAUUAUGGAUCAGGGUGUUAAUAUGUGGCAGCCGACCCCUAGAAAGUCCUCAUGCUCGUCUUGCUCCCAGAAUGGCUCCUCAGAUGGUUCUCUACCUAAUGGAUGCAAUCAUGAAAGGGCUCCUAUAAAGCUCCUUUGUGACACAAUGAAGCACCAAAUAAUCUCCCGUGCAUUCUAUGGAUGGCUUGCAUACUGUCGCCAUCUGUCCACAGUGCGUACACACCUUUCUGCACUGGUCAACACCGCCAUCGUUGACCCUAGUGCACCACGAGAUGCUCGAGGGGGCCUCACCGUGGAGGUUUGGACCAGUUUCCUCAAAGACAGCUCUGCCUAUGAGGAGAAGGAGAUCCACAGGCUUGUGUAUUUCGGUGGCGUGGCCCCGUCACUUCGCAAAGAUGUCUGGCCCUUCCUGCUGGGACAUUACCGGUUCAGCAUGAGCGAGAAAUGCAGGCUGGAGAUUGAUGAGAAGAUGCGGAGCAUGUACGAACAGACUGUGAAGGAGUGGCAGGGCUGUGAGGUCAUCGUUCGCCAGAGGGAGAGGGAGAAGCACGCCGAGGCCCUCGCACGAUGCUUGUCCGGUGCCAGUGUGGAACGAGGACCUGUACAGCGGGACUCCACCAUAAGCACAGAUUCGUCUCUGAGCAGCAGCUCAGACCAACAGAAUGUCCACUUGCAAAGUGAUUCUUGCAGCAGCGCACAGGUAUUUGAAUCGGUUGAGGCUGAGUCCACGGCUGAGGGAGAAGAAACGCUGCAAAGUAGUCUUGUGAAGACCACAGAUGGUCCACGGUUUUUCCCCUGCGAGUCCUCCUCCCCCGAUGUGUCAAACCAGCAUGAAGGGUUAGAUAAUCCUCCCAAAAGUGAGUCAACAGCUGAACCUAUAGCCUCCCAGCAGACGGACAAUACACCCAAUGAUGAAACUACAACUGGUUCAGAGUCGGGGAAAAGUCAUCUCACUUUGUGCGAAUCAGCAGAAAAAGAUGGAAAGCAGUCAGUUGUGGAGGAAGAGGGUGUAAUGAAGAAGAUGGAGAUAUAUUUGGAAAGUGAAGCAGUUGCAAAAACACAAAAUAAGUCCAAGGACACUUGUGCCGCUGAGAAUAAGGAAACAACUCCUGUAGAAGCAGUAGAUACUAACAUGAAUGUGAAAUCUGCUCCGGAGAACACUAACGUCCUGAAGCUGGAAACAGAGAUCCAUAACGAGUAUUUCCAAGCCCCUCUACUCGGGCAGACCUUAGCUGUCCAAACAAAAAAGAGCAGAGAUGUAGAAGGUGAAACACACCGUCCACUCGAAUCAAGAGAAAAUAAUUGGCAAAGUAAAAAGACUGAAAAUGCAGAAACAGCAGUGUGUGACUUUGCAGAAACCAAAAAAUCAGAGAUUGAGAAGCCCGGCUCAAAUUCUCCAGUCAGACAAGUUCUGAAUGCUCUGCAGUGUGCAUCGAGAGGCAGCCUCUCCUUAUCUCACUCUCGGCAGUCUCCAGAUACAGCCGAUUCAGACGACUCCCCCUCUGCCCUGGAAAUGGAGGACAUUCCUGCUGGCAUAACAUGUGUGACUUCGGAGGACAUCAGAGCCAGGCCUCUGGUGGGCCUCGCUGCACCUCCUAUCCCUUUAGCGCAGAGAGAAAAAAUGGCAUCCGAGAGUUUUGUCCAAGAUCACCAUCUGGACACAGCGUGUAACACCAGUCCUGAGGUCACCGAUCUGGGCCUUUCUGAAGAGGAGCCGGAGAUGGACAAUGUCCUCGCUGAACAGGAGUCCACAGACAUGGGAGGUGUCAAAUAUGAAGAAUCGUCAGAGGAGCAAACCUAUUCUCAAGAAACGCUGGACAUGUACUUGAUCAACUUGCACCGCAUCGACAAAGAUGUCCGACGCUGCGACCGAACGUAUUUGUACUUCACUCCUGAAAACCUGGAGAAGCUGCGUAACAUCAUGUGCAGUUACGUGUGGCAGCACCUGGAUAUAGGGUACGUGCAGGGCAUGUGUGAUUUGCUGGCUCCCCUUCUGGUUAUACUGGAUGAUGAGGUGAUGGCGUUCAGCUGCUUCACUGAACUCAUGAAGAGGAUGAACCAGAACUUUCCUCACGGGGGGGCCAUGGACACUCACUUUGCAAAUAUGCGCUCACUCAUACAAAUUCUGGAUUGUGAGCUGUUUGAACUGAUGCAGCAGAACGGAGACUACACUCACUUCUACUUCUGCUAUCGUUGGUUUCUUCUCGACUUCAAAAGAGAAAUGGUGUACGACGACGUGUUCUCCGUGUGGGAGACGCUCUGGGCCGCCAAGCACACCUCCUCUGAACACUUUGUGCUCUUCAUCGCCCUGGCUCUUGUGGAGAUGUAUCGAGACAUCAUUUUGGAGAACAACAUGGACUUCACAGACAUCAUCAAGUUCUUCAACGAAAUGGCCGAGCGGCACAACGUCCCACAGGUCUUGAUGAAGGCCCGAGACCUGGUGCACAAAGUCCAGACCCUCAUAGAAAACAAGUAA